AUGAACCCUUCCGUGCUAUCCAAAGGCUUACUAGCUCGGCACGUGCUUUCUUCACCUUCCCGUCGGUUACUCUCCAGAGCUGCCUUGGUUCUUCCAGCAAGCUAUGGAUACCUUCCGGCUCGCCAGGUGAGGUACCAGUCGACGAAAACUGCCACUCCCGAGCAGGAAAAGACUCAGCAGCAUGAAAAACAGGUGAUAAAGGUGUCUGAAGGCCCCUCGACUGAGAUCACCGAGACUUCCGAAAAGAAGCCAGCAGAGAAGCCCAAACCAACUCUUUGGGAGAAAAUCAAACACGAAGCCUCUCAUUACUGGAGUGGUACAAAGUUGUUGGGCUAUGAGAUCAAGGUGUCCACUAAGUUGUUGGUCAAGAUGGUCUCCGGCUAUGGUUUGUCGAGAAGAGAGAACAACCAGUUGCAAAGAACUAUCGUUGAUGUCAUCCGUUUGGUUCCUUUCUCCAUGUUUGUGCUUAUUCCUUUCGCUGAAUUAUUGUUGCCUGUCGCUUUGAAGAUCUUCCCUAACUUGUUGCCUUCCACCUACCAGUCCAAGCUGGACCUCAAGAAGAAGCGUGCUGACUUGUCCAAGAAGAGAGUCAGUGCUUCUGACUAUAUUAAGAAGACCAUGGAGGAGAGUGGCCUCAAGUUGUCUAAGAAGAUUUCUGAGGAAGAAAAGCAGGCUUUCGUCAACUUUUUCGAUAUCAUCUCUAUGGGUAAGAGCCCUAAGAGAGAGCACUUGAUUCAGGUGGCUAGAAUGUUCAAGAAUGACCAGGUUUUGGAUAACUUGUCUCGUCCGCAAUUGGUGGCUAUGGCCAAGUACAUGUCUCUUAGACCUUUCGGCACUGACUCGAUUUUGCGUUACCAGAUUAGACACCGUUUGUUGACCAUCAUUAAGGACGACAAGGCCAUCGACUACGAAGGUGUGGAGUCUUUGACUGUUCCUGAAUUGCAAGUCGCCUGUUCCCAAAGAGGUAUCAAGACUCAAGACGUUUCUCCUGGUAGAUUGAGAGAGGACUUGGAAACCUGGUUGGACUUGAGAUUGAGACAAAAGAUUCCUUCCACCCUUUUGAUUCUUUCUUCUGCUUACACCUAUGGUGAACACACUCAGGGUAUCGACACUUACUACGAUGCAUUGUUGGCUGUCUUGUCCUCUAUUCCUGACGAGGUCUACAAUGUGGCCAAGUUGAGUAUGUCUGAUGACUCUAAGUUGAAGUUGGACAUCUUGAAGGAACAGGACGAGAUGAUCAACGAAGAGAACUUGAGAGAGAAGGAUACUGUCAACAAUAUCAAGGACGAAAUUCAAUUGGAUGAGUAUGAAGACACUGCCGGUGAAGGUAUGAAGAUUGAAGAAGACCAAGAGAAGAAGGACAGUGAAAAGAAGACUGAAGAGAACGAGAAGGAAGAGAAGGAGAAGCCUGCUGAGAAGAACGAGAGCAGUGACAAAAAAUAG